UCAUUAAAGAAUUAUAAGGAAGGCAGUGAUAUAGUCUUAAAUUUUUAAAAGUUCACACGAAGUAACUAAAAGUUCACACUGGAGAAUUUAGGGCUGGGACUGAGGGGUAGAGAGAAAGCAAGAGUGGAAAUAGAUAAGCUUAAAGUAGUUCGGUUGGCUUGAGGGGGUGGAUAAUGAAGAAGAUUGGGAAGGGGUGUUUAUAAAAUCAUUUUGUAAUUUGUAAGCUGUUGCGUAAAUGUAAAAUAAUGAUACUCUUUCCAUUUCUGGGGAAAUUAAAUUUCUGCAUCUUGGUAAGGAAACUCAAAGAGAUUUCAGAAUUGGCUUGAUUUACAGUUUGCCAGUGACCAAAAAUAGUUUGAUUUGGUGUUCUUGUUACUUAAUGGCAGUGUGUGCUACAUCUGUCCUCACGUAAGUUGCACAUUAAGCCAUCAUAAAUCAUGAAUAAAAAGUUUUACCGUCCAUUUGUUCCUGUUGGCCUGGUUUUCUAAACAUUUACCUUUUUUUUAGCAGUAAAUAUUUGCUUCUGAAUGCGUAUUUUUGUUAACUUGCAGGUAAAACAUGGCUAAGAGCUUACGGAGUAAGUGGAAAAGGAAGAUGCGUGCUGAAAAGAGAAAAAAGAAUGCCCCCAAAGAGCUCAGCAGGCUUAAAAGUAUUCUCAAGAUAGACAGUGAUGUUUUAAUGAAAGACGUUCAAGAGAUAGCAACUGUGGUGGAACCCAAACAUUGCCAAGAGAAAAUGCAAUGUGUGGUGAAAGAUGAAGAAGAUGACAUGAAAAUGGAGACUGAUAUUAAGAGAAACAAAAAGAGUCUUCUAGACCAGCAUGGACAGUACCCAAUAUGGAUGAACCAGAGGCAAAGAAAAAGGCUGAAGGCAAAGCGAGAGAAACGAAAAGGGAAAAGCAAAGCAAGAGCAGCAAAGGCAGCGAAGGGUUUGGCCUGGUAGACUUCUAAAAACUUGGAAAAUGCCGUUGAUUAGAAUGUAUACACUGAUUUCAGCUCCCACCAAAUGAAAACUAUUUGUUUUUCAUAUUUUAACUUGGCUUUUUUUCUUCAAUUCAAACCCAACAUUACUUCUCAUUUUGUUUUGGGAACAUGAAUAAAAUAUUUUCUUUGAUGAAUGAAAGCUAUACUGAUAUUCUAAUUGGAUGCUGUCCAGUAUCCAGGUAUUAUCAGACAUCAGAAUUCUGUCAAGUAUUAAUAUGGUUAUAAUUGUUUGUUCUUACAACUUGGUAACUAUAGUCGGUAAAGAUAAAUAUAGUGACAAAUUUGAGUGAACACAGAUUUAAAGCUAUUAUGUAAUCAUAUUUAAAAAUAUAACAUCAUUGGAUCUUAUAAACAAUACUUGUUUGAAGUUUUGAUUUUGUAUAAUUCAGAAUAAAAGAUAUUUUGUGUGUCGAUCUUGAA